AUGUCGACUACUGUCUUGUCCCCACCCAAGUCUAUACCUCUAUCGCCGUCUGACCAUCCACCUGGGUCAUCGCAUAGUCCGCUAAUGUCGUCUCCGGAGCUGACCGAGGUUAAUCCGGUGCACCUGAUGGCAACGGCCAACCUGCCCGCGUCGCGCGAAGUGCAUCUGGAACGAGCGGACUCGACACAGAUCGUUCUUCGCACAGGACCGCAGCCAGACUCUCUACUGGAGCGGGCAGAGCGCAAGUUAGGAAAUGUUGGUCAUGCCGUAUCAGCUGCCGUACACCCCCAUACGCGGUCGUCAGAUGCAAACAAAUAUGGGGCCAUGAUGGUUGAUUCGCCGCGCGCGACAAGUCCAACAAGUCUUCCGCAGUCGGAUGCUUCUGGACCAAUCAGGAAGCUCUAUCCAACUGGUCCGAGUUUCAACCCUCCUCCCUCGCCCCCAGCCUCCGACGAAGGAGUACCGCGGGACGACGAUGUUAUCGCUGCUCUCCACGCACAGCCUCGUUCAGACUCCCCCGAGCCCAAGCUGGCUUCAGCGGCCCCUCCCACUGUUUCUUUCAACUCGGAAGAGCCCAGUGGCGGCGAUGGCCUUUUACAUCCAACACGAGCACCGGCCCCCACACGCCGAAACACUACAGGCACCCUUGCUACCCCCGCCCCCAAGACCCGAAAAAUGGCACACUCCCAUUCUCAAUCAGGCGGCCCCAGCUUGAGUCACACUCGCACCCGAAGCCAGACGAUGGCAGGUCAGGACCUUCAUUCCGACAUCCUCAAAGAGGCAGAGCAAAUACGAAGAGAGCGUGACUCCAAGCGAGCCAAGGAGGACAAGGCCAAGGAGCCUGAGGCCGACAAGGUGUUGGUCGGAAACUUGAUCGGCGAGGGCCACACCAACUAUGUGUUGAUGUACAACAUGCUCAACGGCAUCCGUGUUAGCGUCUCCCGUUGUCAAGCCAAGUUGAAGCGCUCAUUAACCGAUGAAGACUUUACCGCCGCCCACAAAUUCUCUUUUGACACCAUCGGCAACGAACUCACCCCAUCGGCCAAGUACGAUUUCAAGUUCAAGGAUUACGCACCCUGGGUCUUCCGCUCUUUACGGGAAGAGCACUUUGCGCUUGAUCCUGCCGAUUACCUCGUUUCUCUCACUGGGAAGUACAUCCUAUCGGAACUUGGUUCCCCGGGCAAGUCUGGCUCGUUUUUCUAUUACUCCCGAGAUUAUCGUUUCAUCAUCAAGACUAUCCACCACGCCGAACACAAAUUCCUCCGCAAAAUUCUCCCACAGUACUACGCCCACGUCGCAGCCAACCCACACACCCUCUUGUCUCGUUUCUAUGGAUUACAUCGUGUCAAGCUGCCCCACGGCCGCAAGAUUCAUUUUGUCGUCAUGAACAACCUCUUCCCCGCUCACCUCGACAUUCACGAGACGUACGAUUUGAAAGGAAGUACCGUCGGUCGUGAAUACGACGAGGCCAAAGCUCGAGAGAACCCCCGCGCCGUGCUCAAGGACGUCAACUGGAUUCACAGGCACAAGCAACUCGAGUUUGGGCCGGAGAAGCGAGCAUUCUUGGUCGCUCAACUAGAACGGGACAAGCAAUUCUUGCAAACGGUCGGUGUGAUGGAUUACUCGCUGCUAGUAGGGAUACACAACGUCAAACGAGGGAACCGGGACAACCUCCGCCGAAAUACUCUCAAAGUCUUCUCUCCUACCCCUCGCCGACAACCUUCAAAAGCCAAGACGGCCAAAUACCAGAUUCAGACGACCGGAACUGAGCUGGCCGAGCAAGAUUUGCCCGACGGAUUGCGAGAAGACCAGUCCCGGUUUAUCUUCUACGCCGAUGAUGGAGGGUAUCGUGCCACGGGAGAGGACAACAGGUCGAUGGGCACCGUAUACUAUCUUGGUGUGAUUGACAUAUUGACGCCCUGGAAUACAAAGAAAAAGCUUGAGAAUAUGUGGAAGGGAUUGAGCGCUGAUCGGCACAAGAUCAGCCCCGUGCCCUCGCACGAAUAUGGCGAGCGCUUCUUCUCGUUCUUGAAAGCUGUGAUGAGGGGAGGGGAGGGAGGGGAGACGUUCUUGCCCAAGGAGGAGCAAGCAAAGGAGGAAAAGGGGAAAGAAAAGGAAGAAGCGCAACCGGAGACGGAGACGGAAAAGCCGAGUGGAGAGGCACAACCCGCUGAACCAUCGUCAAGUGGACAAUAG